AUGACAUCGAAUAGAGACAAUGAAGCUUGGAAAGAGGCUGCUGUAGCUGAAGAAAAAUCUUUUCGCGUUGGCAAGGCUAAUGGCGGUCGUAGGAAAGCCCCAUUUUACAAGGUAAUGCAAGGCAUGCCAAUUGCUGUUGACGCAUUUCGUUAUGGCACCAUUCCUGGCGUAACUGCUUAUUUUCUGACGCAUGCACAUUCUGACCACUACACCAACCUCUCCUCUACCUGGCAAAGCGGUCCUAUAUACUGUUCUCAAGGGACUGCGAACCUGAUCAUACACAUGCUAUCGGUUGACCGCAAAUGGGUACACCCGCUGCCAAUGGAUGUCCCGACAAUCAUUCCGAAUACGAACGGCGUGCAAGUCACUCUCAUAGAGGCUAAUCACUGUCCAGGCUCUUGCCUCUUCUUUUUUGAAGGUCUUCAGACUUCUCCUUUCAUUGGAUCCUCGAAAGUAUUCAGGUACCUCCACUGCGGUGACUUUCGUGCAUCUCCAAGGCAUGUCGUCCAUCCAGCCGUCAAGGGGAAACCCAUCGAUCAUGUGUACCUGGACACUACAUAUCUAGAUCCCCAGUACACUUUCCCGCCCCAGCCACUCGUUAUCUCCGCAUGUGCUGAAUUUGCUCGUAAAAUGGUCAAACACAAAGAGGUGGAUAUCCAUCCCUUGGUCGUUGUCGGCACAUAUUCCAUUGGCAAGGAACGGAUUCCUGCUUUCCUCUUGACUGUUCCCCUUCAUGUAGCCAUUGCUCACGCACUCAAGACCAAAAUAUAUUGUGAUGCCCGCAAAGCUGCAAUUCUUCGCUGUCAGGAAGAUCCCGAAUUAAACGCACUGUUAACGUCAAAACCGAUGGACGCUAUUGUCCACCUUGUUCCGCUGGGAAUGAUCACCUCUGAUGGCCUCAAGACGUAUCUAGAUCGAUUCAAGGGAUCGUAUACCAAAGUUAUAGGAUUUCGACCCACGGGCUGGACAUUCAGUCAAGCAGCAGGUGCAGACCAGCUGCCAUCAGUCUCCUGCACCCUGGCCCGUACUCAACAGAAAAACUUUACAUGUGCGGAUUUAAGACCGUCCGGAAAACCUACGUCAACCCUGCAAAUAAUACCUGUUCCAUAUUCUGAGCACUCAUCCUUUUACGAACUCACAUGCUUCGCCAUGUCCUUCGAUUGGGUCAAAAUGAUCGCAACUGUAAACGUCGGCAGCGAGACCAGCCGCGGAAAGAUGUCAAAAUGGGUUUCCAGAUGGGAAGCGGAAAGAAAAAAACGUGGUGCAACCACUGUUGUACCACAUCGACAUCCCGAUUAUUGGUAG